AUGGUCUCCUACUGCCCGGUAGUUGGAGCAGGAAAGACCAAAGUGAUCAACAACGUGCAUCGCGUGGUUCGGCGUUGGCCCCAGACCCCCCUUUCGUUUCUUGGGAGACGGUGUCGUGGGGCGGGUACAAGUCAUGUUCGUAGACUGGCGGACACGGCCGCUGACGAAGAGGGCGCUGAAGCAGAAAUUGCGCAGCUCUCUGAACGCAUCAAAACGCUUUCUGAGGUGAAGGAAAGAGAACGCAGUAGGUUUCGUGCUUUCGUGACCCUGUGGGGCUCGUUUCAGGGCUACAAGAAGAAUGCCAAACGGAAGCGGCGCAAAAAUCCUCCACACGACGACAUCCUGGUGGCUCACUACGCAAGGGCUGCCGCCUCCAAACUGACGCAGGCGAACCUCUGGGCUGGCUGCCUAGAGAGGCUGGCAGACAAGAUCGCCGACCUACAGUCUGACCUCGAUCGCCGAACUUCGGGACGGGGAGCUGCCCACAGAAAACGUUACAGGCGCGGCUUCAAGGCGAAAACGCACGCAGGGAGUUCAGGAGACGAGGGGCGACCAAGCAGGGGAGAGACGGAUGCAGGUCCCAGUACGCCCUCCACGUCAUCUGCCGCAGGCACAGGUGUGUUGUCGCCGACUCCACUUGAUGUACUGCAGGCGCAGAUCAUAACAGAAAUCAAAAUGUGGAAGCGGAUCAGGAACAAGCUAAACUACCUGCAGCGCAGGUUGGCCCAUCUCCGACAGGGGACCGGGACAGAAGACAAAAUGACCCUAGCUAAACAAGCAUACACCCGGACUGUCGCUCGGUACCACCACCAACAAGAAUUUGUAAAGACGCUCCGCAAAAAGCUACGAGACUUAAGAAAUGACGAAAAGGGUGAACCAACCUCAACGGUACCGUCCACGCCGUCCAACGACACCACUCAACGAGGUUGGUCCGGCGCUCUCGUGAGCCUUCAGCGUUAUGACAUAACGCCCCGCCCCGAGGAUGAAAACAUCCCCUGGCACACCCGCCCGUCAUUCCGGCACCUGCGCCAGCACUACAGGCCCCUUCCACCUGUGUCACUGAAGGAUCUAGUCGACCCUCCAGCUUCUCGCGGUGAGCUGGCCGUCAUGGAAGCCCUAAUCCCUGAACCGUUUCCCCGGUCCACUCAAGAGCAUGGAUCGCCUGACUGGGAGGCCGCGACCGAACCCAGCCUCGACCAUGCCAGCAGCCCGUCAGAACAGGAUCCUCUGGAGGGAACCAGUGGAUCCGAAAAACUGUUAAGCAAGGCGGCACCGCCGCGUCUGCACCUGGAGCAGCCGCAAUCCGCAUCAUCUUCCACAGCCUCAGUCGCCCAGCAUCCGUCGUUGCCGUCGCCUGGCAGCGCAGUUGGCAACAGCCCCCUCGCAGACAACCCGGCAUCCGGAGACGCGCCUACUGCCUUUGGUCCUCCACCAACGCCCUAUUCGUCCGACCUUCCGUUGUCUUCAUAUGGCGCCCACCUGGCUGCCGAGGGUCCAGCAGGUUUUCCGGACCCCUGGGCAGCCUCAUCUGCUUCAUCGUCGCCUCACCCGCAGUCUACAGCAUCUCGGUCUCUCAUGAGUACCGUCACUCACGUAAAGCUGCGGCGCACGGCCGGCACUGACGCAAGAGCGACCCCGUCGCCCAGCGUGACCCUGGAGGACCCUACAAUGAAGGCGACCGCUCAACAUCCCUUGACAGCAAGGCAGGCCCAGGCGCAAGCUUCAGCCGCGUCAGGAUGCACUAGCGUCGAGGUCGUCGCGCACAAGGCAGGCAAAAAGUCCGCAAAAAAGAAGUCACUAGAAGCCGGGGUUCGUGAUCAGGGCGAGGUGGGAGGGAUCGAUGGCAGCAGACUGCUACACGAUGCACAACCCCUGGGUCACCUGGGCGCUGGUGCGGGGGCUUCACAGGCACCUCAAGCAUCUCUGUUCGGCCAGGCUGCCCGCUCGUACGCAGGGGUGCCGCACGGCGGUGGGGACUCUCCCACAGGUCACGCAUUUCAGUCGGACCUGCAGUUGUGGCUACAAGGCAGGAGAAUACCGUUCAAGCAACGCGAGUCUGUGGGAUCCGGGGCAAGGGCCGAUCGUGACGAAUCAGGCCAGGCCGGGUCCAGUGGUCCCUCCAGGUCACCGUCGACGCGAGGGAACAUGUCCCCUCACUAUCCGGAGGCGACGCGCAAGACCCAGCGGUAG